GAUUAAAAUCGCUCCUGUUCCAGAUUUCCCCAUUUUCCCUCUCUCUCCUAUUCGACUCUCUGAAAAACCUAACACUCAACCCAGCCAAAAUCCUCCCAAAUUUCACCAAAAUAACUCACCCAAACACAAACCCACACCAUUUUCGGUCCAUUUCUCUAAGAUUCGUGCAUGGUCAUACAAAAUGGUGAGGACUAAAAGAGUUGUAAAGAAAGCAAGGGGGCAGGCGGCAAGCAUGUCUGGAAGGCGUCGAAAGGCUGAGCAAAGUCUUGAGGACAGUGGUGAAAGCAUAGACACGAAGCAGGUAUUUCAACCCGAUCACCCUCGAAACUUUGUAUCUAGAAAUGCUAUAGAAGCCUAUAAUAAAUUAGGAAAUAGGAAAGUCAUUUAUGGUUUUAGAGUAGUUUUAGAUGAUAUAUGCAAAGGGGGGCUGCAUAUUAGAGAAAUGUUAGAUGCAAUGGGGUGGACUGAAUUAGUAAGUAGAAAGGUGAAGGUUUACCCGCAGUUGAUAAAGAUUUUUUAUGCAAAUUUGAGUGAUUCGGAGGAUGGAGGAUAUAGAACAACAGUCCUUAAGAAAACUUUUGAAUUUGAUGCUGAAACUAUAAAUGAUGUUUUGCAAUUGCGAAAUGAGGGAGCCAUCGAAUUGAAUGCAUUUACAGAGGAAUCAGCAAAGAAAUUUAUCAUGGGGGAUGAGUACAAUGAGGGACAAACAUUAACCAUUCACCACUUGAAUUUGGAGAAUCGGUUAAUGUUUUGGAUUUACAAUCAUAUAAUUUUGCCAAGGCAAGGUUCUUUUGGGAAAUUUAGUGGUCCGGAUUGUGUGUGGUUUGCAUAUAUUCUUGAUCAGAAGCGGAUCAAUUUAGGACACCAUAUUAUGAGACAAAUGAUGUAUUAUAGGGGUAGAUCGACACUCGCACUAGUGUAUGGCACUCUCAUCACAUUACUUAUGGAAAAUGCGGGUGUUGAUUUGCGUGGAAUGGAGUCCCGAGACCUACACAGUCACGAGCUUUUGAAUGAGAGUUCACUGAGCAAAAUGGGGUAUGUAUUCAGUGCAAGAACAAAUUCGUGGGAAAUGAAGCAGAAAAGGAGAAGAGGAGGACAAGAUGAUGAAGGUGAGGGGUUUGAUGAUGAAGAACAUGCCGAAGAAACUGAAGAAGCAGCAAAGCUCGAUGAUCACAUUCGCGACUGUCAGAUGGCAGCACCUAUAGGUCCUCGAGGGACAAGAGGAGAUCCGUCUACUGCUGGCACAUCCUCCGGAUAGCAACCCACUGAUCCCUUUUCAAAUCCGGAAGCAUAAAUCCUCCCGUUGCAGUUGUUGAUGGCUGUUAAAUUAUCAUUUUAAUGUUUGAACAAUCUUUUGAAAGUUUUCUUAAUGUAUUGACUUUAUAUUUUUGAAUAUGUACAUAUAAUGUUGACAUUAGAUGCAGUUUAAUUG